AAGACAUUCAUAAUUUCAUAUGAUAAAAUACGGUACCUUCCGUGAUGACUUCUAUUCUUCUCAUUAAAUCAAUGCUGCUGGCAGAGGCUUUACAGAACAAAAAGAAAAAGAAAAUACGAAAGUUACGGAAAAGAAGAAAUUUGGAGAAAACGACAAUAAUUAUGUGCAGAAUAUGCAAUGAGGAAAAAGGAGAGAUUCCUAUAUUUGACAAUCUUGUACAUCAGAAUAUUCCGGAGGAGAUAAAACAUUUUUCUGGAGUCACUAUAUCCAAAACAGACAAUUUGUCUAAAAAAAUGUGUCAAAGCUGUCUUGAUCUAUUGAAUGGUUGUAUAAUGUUUAGAGAGAUAUGUCAGAAAAACAAUGAAAUGUUACUGGAGGUUUCCAUUAAAACAGAAUGUGAUGUGGACUACAACAGAAACGAAGACAAUGACAAGACCCAAAAAGAAAUCGAUUACUCUUAUAAAGUACCAUCACCAGACUUUUCAGAUGAUAACUCCGAAAGUUUAAACUGUUCAAUAUGUAAUAAGCAAUUUUGUGAUGCAACAUCAUACGAGACUCAUCUGAUGAAAUGUAGCUUAGAGGAAAGUUCCUCAAUUCCUAAACCAUCUAAAAAAACACAAAAAGAAGCUAACCAGAAAAAGAUAUUUUUAUGUGACAUAUGUGGUAAAACAGCAGUUUCUAAGGCAAGCCUCUUAACACAUAUGUGCACACACGAAAACGUGUUUCCUUAUAAAUGCGACGUAUGCCCAUACAAAGGUAGAACUGUGGACUUGUUGAGGGUACAUAAAAGAUCUCACUUACGUGAGAAACCUUUCAAAUGUUCCUUGUGCCCUAAAGGUACAACAACAUCGAGCAACCUUGCUAAACACAUGCGACAUGUCCACAGCACAGCAAGGCCACAUAAGUGUAACUACUGCGAUAAGGCAUUUACCUAUCAACAUGAUAUGAAAAGGCACAUCAAAGACAUACAUCUGAGACAGGGAACGGUUGAAUGUAACGUAUGCCAUAAGAAAUUCAAUACAAAAAAGAUUUUGCAAGGGCACAAAUGGAAAAUACACAAGAUCAAAGGGGAACGUCAAGGACGUCUACCGUCAUACUUACAGUGUCAAAUAGGAGGACAAAUCGAGAAUGAGAAUGAGAAUGACGAUCUUAACAACUGUGACCCAAAUAGCUCUCAUCUGAUAGAACUUAGAUCACUGGAUUUUAAGAUGGAUUAAAUUUUACAUUAAACAAACAUUAUUAUAACUGUAGCAAAGCUUUACCUAGUAAAGGGCAGACUUGGCUUUGGAUUUCAAUAAGUUUGUUUGCAAAGUCCAUUAGAACAAAUAGGUUUAGUACCUACCUAAAGAGUUCGACGUUAAUUAAUUAACAACACUAAUGAAAUAAACGAAACAUUCGAUACAGUGUAUAUGACUGAUGUAGUAUUUAUUUAAAUUUUAAACCAAUAAGCAUACUGCAGAAUGGAAUAAAUUUACAUUUGUAAAUGUACUUAACAUGUUUAGUAAAAAAAACUUAAAAUCGGCCAAUAAAUUCAUAAAAUAAA